CUCGGUACGAUUAAUUACUAAGAAAAGGACAUACAUAUUAGCGGGUUCGAAUCCAAGGAGGGUUAAGCCUAACAUUUCUCUUGUUUUACCAAAUAUUUUCAUUUUUCAUAAUCAGUUUAAAAGCAACUGCUUGAAGUAUAACAUAAAGAGUCAUAUGAAAACAGUACAACCUCAGUCCAGUGAAAUGCACCUAUGGACUUAGCUUCAGCUUUCAUGAUCAGUGUGCAAUUAGAUGCUCAAGGUUGAAACUGAUACAGCUAUACCAUGGACGAUCCAGAAGAAGACAGUUUACAAAACUCAACUUUGUCAAUUCCAAGUACUUCAUGUCAUCAAGGAGUGGUGGUAGUUUUUGCUCAGCCUGAUGAAAGUUCUGAUUGUGAAUGCUCAAAAGAAGAAAAUGAGAACACAAAUAAUGCAGAAACUUUAAUGCAGAAUUCAUAUAAUCUGAGAGACAGAGACUCUGAGGAAGAAGUUUCAGUACAGUUUGUAUUAGACAAAGAAGAAGAAAGUGUUAGUAAAGAAAGCCCUUCUAUGGAGCCUAAACCAAAAAAAAAACUUUCAAAAAAGGUUCCAAAGGCAACAUACUUGAAAGAUGAUACCUUAUCAUUUGCAAUUUGUGGAAAGAAUGUUAUUCCAUUAAAAUUAAGAGAAACAGUGAAACCUAGAAGAAUUUCUGCAAAAUUAAGAGAGAAGUGGAUUUUAAUGACUAAGAUAAAGAAACAAAUUCCUUGUCCUGUUACCAGCUGUGAGAGAACAUUCUCAAAUAUUAAUGGAAUUAUCAACCAUUAUCAGUGGUGUAUUGGACUCAAUGGAAAACAAUAUUCAGUGUGUCAGUUCUGUAGUGUACCUGUUCUCACUGAAAAUAAUUCAGAAGAAAAUCAUGUAAAGAGCAAACAUCCAGAAAGGUUACAGAUAUACAAAACUUUCAGGAGAAAAGGAUUCAGGAAAAAAUCUACCUUAUACAGUAGUUCAGAGGAUGAAAUGAAUGUCAAGAAGCAGCAGCAGUGUAGAAAACAAGCUCAGAAAACUUUAAGAGACGAGAACAGACUUAAUUCAAUGGUUUCUUUUAGUGGUUUUGAAAAGCCUAGAAGGACUUACACAAGAGAAAACAUAAAACCAAAACCAAUAUUAUGUGAUGAGGAAUCUAUUAAUAGUACCUUGAACUCUACUAUGUCAGAAACAAAUUCUUCUAGUUAUGAAAGUAAUUGUGAGGAUUUGUUUCUUUCUGCAUUUAGUGCUUCUGAAGAACAUACUGUAGAGAGGGGAAGAGAAAAAGAAAAUGAAUCAUUACCUGCAGAAAUAUGCUCAUCUAAUGUUUCAAAAUCAUCAACAUUAUCUUUUCCAGAGACCAAACUUCAGUCUAGUCCAUCAAAACUGAACGAAUCUGGUCAAAGUACAUCUGUGGAAGAUGCACGCAUAACCUUAAUAGACUCUUCUGAAGAGUCUGACUCUUGUGCAUCUGCUAGAACAGAGUCUCAAGUGAAAAGUGAUUACAUUUCUUGUGUUUCAAGUAGUGAAUAUGAUAAAACAUACGCCAGUCCAACAUUAUUAGAGAAUGAAGAUAAAAUCGUUUUGUGCAAUGCUUCUUCUUCUGAAAGCUCUUUGAACUUGGAACUUUGUAAUACUAAAACAAUUCACGAAGUUAAUGCCUUAAAUGAAAAUGUUCCAGGUUCUGUACCUUCUACAUUCGAAGAAAAUGACAGAACUAGUACACAGAAUGUAAACCAGAAUGGAUUAUCUUUCUCAAAGAGUUGUCCAACGAAUUUCACACCAUGCAAAAAUUUAAACCAUAUUGAAAGAAAACGAUUGCUUGUGACACCAGUUCUUCAAGAAGAAUUUGAACCAUGUCAAAAGAAGAUAAAAUUAACACAUGCUCUUAACAUUAAUGACUCUCAUUUGAACUCUCCUAAUAAUUCUAAUGACAGCGAAAAACCUAACUUCAUGCACAGUUUAGAACUCUCUCCCUCCUCCAAACUGAAUACUGACCAUGUAAUUGAAUCUGAAGCAAAACAUAUUAGCAUUAACCUGUUGGAAGCUAGACCUUUAUCAGAUGGUGCAGCAGAAAUUGUAUCAUUUCAGAAUAUUUCACCAAAUUACAGUGCAAAGUCUCAAUUAGUUAAAAACAGUCCAUCAUUUACCACAAGCAGCUUAGAGAAAAACAGUCCAAGAGGUAAAUACAAGUCUAAGGGUGUUUAUACAUCUACUCCAACUGUGUUAUUCCUACGACCAGAGAUAGAUGAACUUCAAGUGAACAGUCCUGCUGAGAAGCCACCAUCAGACAGUGUUUUGAAAGAUAAAAACUUCUCAACUACUGUGUCUGAAAAAGACAACAUAGAAUUCUCCAUUUCCCCCAAGAAAAUAAGUUCUCAUGAUGUCAACCUUACCGAACAUCAAGCCUCGAGGAAAAGAAAUAGAAAUAUUUUUGAAACCUUAGGUAUAAGAACACAGAGUAGUCAAGCUACUGUUAAAAAAUCAUUAAGCACAAAAAGCAGUCAAUGUUCUUCUGUUGUGAAUGGAACUCUGUCUCAAGAGAAAGAAGAACAUGAAGCUCCAUCACCAACUGAAGUUCCUCAAACUUGUUUCAAAAUGGUUGGAGAUGAAAAACAUCUGACAGUGUCACGUAACUUAAAGCCUACACAAAUAUCAGACAAUUCUCUCAUAAAUACUGACAAUUCAAUUGUCCUUAAUGAUGCAGAUAAACCAGGAAGUAGCUUGCCUGAUAAUUGCAAAGAUCCAUGGUAUCAUAAAGCUUCUUCUCUUAACUCAGAUGAGGAUUUUGCUGAUUCUUCUGGUCAUUACACAGUACAUAAUUAUUCCUUUAUUGCAACUGAACAGACUGGGAAAGACAAUGUUAAUAACAAUGAAAAUCAAUCUAGUAUGUUAAAAUCUUCAAGAAAAGACAUGUUAUUGGCAAAUAUAUUAGAAAUGAGUAGAUUGAAAGACUCUUUGGGACGAAGAAAAGCAGUUCAUCUAUUUCAAUGUAGAGAGAGCACUAGGAUGAAAGGUAGUGGUAGAGAUUUUACUAAAAAAAAGCUAUCUGCAAAAGUGAGUAAAGCUAGAGAAGAUAUAGCAGUAGUUUCAGAUAUAAAUUGCAUAGAGCUGACCAAAGGAAGUGCAGAACCUAAGAGGAUGUUCACCAGGAUUCGAAGUUUCAGAAGACGUGGCAGGCCAUGUGGAAGAAAAUAUUUUAGAUCAGAAAGACUGGAACAUAAUAAAAUUCCUCCUGAAGCAUACUUUUCUUUAGAAAAUACAAGUGCCUUUUGUCAAACUUCAAAAAAUUUCAGAAGUAGAGGAAGGGGUAGGCCUAGAAAACUUCGGGAGGUUCCCAGGAGUUCAAAAUCAUUGAGUCAAGAAACCAUGGUUGUAAGUGAUUGUAAUUCAGAAAAAUCUAAAGAGAUAUAUUCAUCUAUUGAACAAGAAAAUGGAAUGUUUGGAAGGUCACAGACAUUUGAAAAUGGAAAAGGGACAAUAAUAUCAGAUGACCUGUCAGUUGUAGAAGACUAUCUAACUGAUGGUCUGCAGAUGACUACUACAACUUUAGUGAAUAAAAACCUUAUUAGAGGAACAGAGAGUGGUAGAAGAAGAAGAGGAAGGCCUAGAAAGACAACUGUGCAUGUUAUAGAAAAAGAAACAGUUAUAGAGGAAUCAGAAAAGGCACCAGUAAAUUUUCACAUUUCAGAAGGAUCAAAAAGUUGUUCAGCUGAUACAUGUAAUUCUCAUGAUACAGAAAUAAAUGACGCACUUUCAAUGAACAAGGUAUCUGCUACAGAAACAAUUAGAGGUAAGAGAAAAAGAGGAAGGCCAAGAGCAGCUGCUUUGCAUACUGUGGAAAGAGAAUUAGCAACAGGUGAUUCUGGAAGAAAGGCUGUAAGUUUCCAAACUUCAGAAGAAUCCAACAAUUAUUCGGGUGAUAGUUCUUUUUAUGAUGCAGAAUUGCCUGAUACUUUUGGAAUUGACAAACUACCAGUUAGAGGAGGAUAUAGUGAUAGAAGGAGUAGAGGAAGAAAUAAAAUAACAUCUGUACAAGCUACAGAAGAGUCUAAAGAAAAGGAUUUUUUUUGUGGAAGCUGUGGAGCCAAAUAUCUAACAAAACAACUUGUUCUUCUCCAUAUUAAUAACAGUCACAAUGGACUUGCUAAAGUUAAUGAUAAUACACCAAUGUCAGAAAAAGAAGAAGCAUUGGCUCUUCGAAUCGCUCUUCGGAGGGCUAAAAAGUUGACAUGUCAGAUGCCUAGUUGUCGAAAACAUUUUACUACUAUCGGAGGCUACUUGUACCACAGAGGCAUUUGUGGGGUAGAGGGGCGAGGAUACGUUAACUGUGAAAUAUGUGGUAAAAAACUGAGGGAGGUCAGUAUGAUUCCACACAUGAAAAAUGCACAUCCAGUUAAAAGUCUUGAGACUAUGGAAGAGAAAGAUGAGACUUUUAAUGAAGGAACAAAAAUUCCAAAGCGAAAAGCUGCAAUGAAAGCCCAACAGCAAGUACAGAGUUAUAUAAAGAAUCUAGCAGAAAAUGUUGACUCAAAGAGUAGAACGUGUUCAGUAUCAGAUUCAUACAGUGGUACAUCAAGUGAAUAUGAUGAAGAUGAGGAAGAGAAAGAUGGGUAUACUAAAAGAAAAAUUCAGGUGGAGGACUUGAUUCCAUGGAAGGGUUUAUUUAGUGAAUUGGAUGUGAUUCAAAAAACAGAAGAAGAAGGCAGUGAGGUACUGCAGGAGUUAGAACAGAAUAAUCAACUAAUAUGCCGAAAAAAUGGUUGUGGGAAGACAUUUCAGUCCAUAAAAGGUUUGAAAAUUCAUUUGGCCAGCUGUGAAGCAACACUUGAGAAAACUUGGCGAUGUACAACAUGUGAAACCAACUUCAAGGGGAUUGAUUCACUCUUCAACCAUUUAAUUUGCAAUCAUCAUGAAUACAUAACUGCAGAAUAUGCUAAUGAUAGCAAGUAUUCACUUCCCAAAAGAAAGCUGCAUAAUGUCUUUAAAGAGUAUGGGUCAGAAAGAGUCGAUAAAAUGCCUUUUGAACCUGCUAUGAAUUGGACUUUAGACUUCCGCAAGAAUCAUUAUAAGAAAGAAUUAUUUUCCCAGUGGAAGCCACGUGUAAAGGACUGGGAAAAGUUAAGUCCCAUGGAAUCUAAACAGUACUAUCCAGAGCUGAAAGAAUCACCAUACAUUAGGUUUGCUUAUUCUGAUAAUGUUCCAGAGAUUGUUCCAUCUGCUUGGAAGAAGUUAAGCUUGUUUGAAUCAGUAUCUUCUGAAAAUUCCUCCUCUUCAACAUUUUUUGUUGGUGGUCCUGUUUGGGCUUGUGAUUGGUGUACAGUUCCUUUGGGUGUAACUACCAAACAAUAUAUUGCAUUAUCAGUUUCCCUAAAAGCAGAUGGAACUCAUUCACUGGUGGACACUUCUGCAGAACAAGGAAUAAUUCAGAUUUGGGAUGCAGGCAUAUUGGAUUCAAACAAAUCUGAAAGACCUCCUCAGCUUAGUCUGACUAUAGCUCAUAACUUUGGUGCUGUGUGGAAACUUUUAUGGUGUCCCUCUGGAUGUUGGGAACCAGAGUCUGGAAACCAAUGUACCAAAGAAGAUGAGGAAAGCAAAGAGACUCUGCCUCGUUUGGGUUUGAUGGCUGUAGCAUGUGGUGAUGGUUACAUUCGAAUAUUAAGUAUUCCUCAUCCAACAUCCCUUGUCACAGAUCAAAAAGAUCUGCAAGCUGUUUACAGAGUAAAACCAGUAGCAGUGCUUUCACCACCAGGGGAAGGGCCUUGUAUUGCAAGUAAGAAAAGCAUUUGUUGUGCACUCAGCUGGAAUAAAACUGAGGGUCAUCAACUAGUAGCAGGAGGGUAUGCUUCAGGGUUAUUGUCAAUUUGGGACUUGAUGUCUUCUUCUCCCCUGUUGGUAAUUGAGUCCAACAAUCACUUUGUGAAGCUUUAUCCAUAUCUUUCAUUUUAUGCUCAUGCUUGCUGUGUAACAUCUCUCGUGUGGGGUCCAGUGCCUGGUGGACGAUUUUUGGCCACGUGUAGCAGUGACCGCUCUGUUAAAUUCUGGGACCUAGAAGAUCCAUCUGUACCACUGAGUGUAGCCAAAAGAGGCUUGAACCGUGACUUAGAUUGGGUGUCUCAUUGGUGUGGUGUCUUUGUUUGUAUUGAUGAAUGUUUCAACCUGAGCAAAACUCAAACUUUCUAUAAAGAAUGUGGCUACUUCAACUACAUCCUUCGAGUGAUUUCAGCACACAACAGUACAGUUUGGAAAGUGGCUGUGUCUGACUGGUUAAACGUAGAAGCUAGCUGUGAUGCUGCUGGAGAGGUUGUUGGGACAGUUUUAUGUCAAUUAAUGAAAAAUGUUGACACUCUGAAAUACAUAUGUCACCGUCGAUUUCCCAUCUACAGGAUUGAACUGGAGUGUCUUGAACCUAGAAAGUCUGAUGACCAGCCAACACCAGCCAGCAUAGAUAAUGGGAAAAAUUCCACACAUUCUUCUGUACAGGAAGAAGAAGAAGAAGAAUUAAUGAAGAAUGCUAAUGUAAGGGAGAGUACAAAGCCUGUUAAUACAGAUAUUAGUAAAGAAUGCUCAACUACUAAAAAGUCCUCAGAUGAUCAAGAUGAAGUUGUGACCACUUCUUGUCAAACGAAACCUGAGUCGAUUGACCAGGAGAAAGGCAUCGACCAUCCAUGUAGUAGUCACACUUCAAAACAAACGGAAAUGGUGGAAGAAAAAAAUGAAGGAGGAGCUGAAGCACCAGUUAUUUUGUCUACUUACAAGGAAAUGUCUAAUGUAUAUGGACUGGUGUUAAAAGACACCAAUCUUCAAAGUAUGAAGGACAUACCCCAUCAAGACUGCAAAAGGUUAAUUCGUCCAGAAACGAUGAAUGUGACUUCUCUCAAUCAGUAUCCAUUAACAUCUGUAAACACAGUGGUGUGGAACCCAAACUUGAAGUCUCACCUGUGGCUGCUGUCAGCUGGCCAAGCUGGACUAGUUCGGAUCACUUGUCUGCCUGGAUUACAUACCCCUUCAGCCAGUACCAUCAUUUCCAAGAUGGAAACAGAAAAAAGUUGAUAGAUUUAUGUGUAUGUAGUGUGGCAUUUCCGUUAUGCAUCCAUACUUAUACGCGAGGUAUAGAUAAAUACAUUCAUGCUAUUUUUAGCCAAUCUGUUAAUAUUUUAUGCAUUCAGACUCUGAUUUCAGACAAAUUUCACCAGUAUAUGUACAUUUUAAAAUUCCUUGCCUUUGUUAUUAUAAAAAAAGCCUGUUUAUCUAACAAUGAUUAGUGACUUCAUCUAAAACAUGUGGCCUAACUAAAGUCAAACAGAUACCGGGAACCUGUCUUCAGCAGGAAAGAAACUGUAUGUUUUAAUUCAUUAUAAUUUGAGUCUUACAUCAUUACUCUAUGACACAUCUCUUUGACCUUAGCCAAAUGGUAAUUUUAUGUCUUGAUUGAAAUUAACCAAUUUUUUUCAGUUAACUUUAUUGCAACCUGUUGAGGUAUUUAGUAUUUUUAAAAAAUCAUAGUAAAAAAAAAACAUUAAUUCCUUGUUCUCAGGCACCUGUAUUUUGAAAGUGUAUGUGUUUUUUUUAUCGGUAGGAAUAUUUGGGAGAAAGUUUUAAUUGAUUAUAUAGUUUAGUUUGUUUUUGUUUAUUUUUGGGGGGUGGGAGGGGGUCAAUGGGUGGUAAGAAGGAUGAUGCAAAAGAAUAAAAAUUAAUACAGAAAGUACCUGAAAACAUUUGCUUUUUAUUAUACUUUAUGAGCAUAAAACUUAAUGUAAAAAUUAACAUUUAAGGAAAUUAGUAUAUUAUAUGUUGACGUUUUCGGUAAUGCUUGUUCAUAAUGCUAACAGUUCUAUUAAGAGGGAAGGUUACCCAAAAUGUAAAAGAUUAGAUCAUAAACAUUUGUUGAUCAUUGACAUAUAUAACAUGGGUUUAAAUUUCUAAAUGUAUACAACAGUAUUCUUUUCCGUUAGAAUGUUAUAUGUUUGUUUUGCAUAUCGUGUCAAAAAUAAAAUUUUUAUAAACUUUAUGAAAUUAGAGUUGAAUUACUGAGUAUUGACGAUAAUGUUAGCUAAGAUAUUUAAGUAAAUUUUGAAAAUGUACAAAAUAUAUUGGAAUACAAGAUUUUUUAUUCUUUAUACUUGUUGCUAUGUUGGCAAGUGUUUAUAUUUUAAAAAGUCAAAUUUCUGUUUCAGGUUCUAAAGAAAAAGCAAAUCUUUAAGAUUAAAUUGCUUUUAAAAUUGUUUGAGCUUAUUUACUGAAUAAACUAAUCUGAUACACAAUAAUUCAGUAUCUUACAAAUACCACAAUAUUGUUUGAGUUACCAGUUAUUGUUCAUUUCAUUUUUGUUCAAAUGAAAAUCUGAAGUUUGUAUGGAGUGAAGUACUUUGAUGGCUUGAAACUUCUAAUGUUUUUUUUUCUGGGAAAAUGUAUAAAAAUUAUUUCUCGUUCAUACAAUUUUUUGUAUAGUUAUUUUCAGUAUUGGUUUGAAUGAUGCUGCCAAUUUGUAUUGUGAAAAAAAAUAAACUUAUGUAUAACUUGGUUACAUAACAGGUUGUAAGAUCUUCCAAAUGUUUGAAACAGUGUUCGUGAUAUAAAAAAAAAAACCUAUAGUAGACUUUAUGAUAGAAGGGUCUGUUUGUAGUGAGUUUUUCACUUUGCCACUAAAUUGGUUAAUUUCGUGUAUGAUUUUUAAAGUAAGCUGAACAUGUAUUACAGCAGACUUUGUUAAUUCAGGUGAGGUUUCUAAACAAUAAUAAUUUUAAAAAAGGAGAAAAAUUGUAAGAAACAAAAUAUUUAAAAAAUUCUAAAUUAUUUUAUAUCAAAGUGAGAAUGUAGAAUCUUGCAUAGUGGGAACUACACAAUUGGCUAACAUACGUGGCUUAACCUGUCAUGCACUCAAAAAUUUGUGAAUGGUAAGUUUUGUAGACAACUUUAUAUAAUUACUUUAAAUUACCAUUUGCUGUUUUUUUUUACUGUGUAAUCUGUAUUUCUAGACUAAGUAAUCCUAAAUAAUUUUAGCUUUCAAUUCAAAAAGACUUGGAAAGGGGAUUACUGAUUACAACAUAGCAUGAUAUUUAAAAUAAUUUUAUAAUAAUCCCUUUUAGGUAUAUGACCCCAGCAACUCAGCUUGAGGACUUAUAAUUUUGAAUUCAUAGUUCAAUCCCUGCUGUUUUGUCGGUAUAGAUAACCCAUUGUUAAAUUUUGCACUUAAACAAAUUUAACAUAUAUCUGUUACAUAGUUAUAGUAUGUCUUUCACUGUGGUAUUCUAAUGGCAACAGGUUUGAGAAGAAUGUAAAUAAGAUCAAAAUAACUAUCCAGCCUCUGAAUAUUGUACCUGUAAUAAGUUAAGUUGUGACGUUAGUAGUACAACUUUAAUGACAACCUAAACCUAUUUUUUCAAAGAAUGUCUUUUUCAAUGAUUAUUAGUUUGCAUUCAGCAAAUUCACUUUUCUACAAAUAUAAGUAGGUAGGUAGUUUUUUAUGUUUGAAAGGCUACUACAAUAUGAUGUAUACUGUAGGUUUUCUUUUCUAAUUGCACUGUGCAAUGUACAUAAUGUAAAUAAACUUUUUUUUUAUCAUAUGAAAGUUCAAAGUUUUGCAUACGUACAAACUGAAAAUUUAAGUUCUGCUUAAAUUCACAUCAAGCAAACUUUGAAAUAUUCAGUUGUUAAGCAUGGUAUUGAAGGUGUGUGUACUUUUUCCUGUUAGUGGAUUUUUUUAUUGUAUAUUUGUCUAGUUCUGUUUUGAGAUGCAAAUUAAGUAAAAUGCAUAUAUCUGUAAUUGAAUUUCAUUACCCUUGUCAUUGUUGUACCUUAUACAAACAGUUUAAAAUUUGACAGAAAACUAAGAUGUUUAUCACGGUUAAUAAGGCUGCCACAUUCAAAAAUUGUAUAUCAUUCGAAAAGUGUUGUAUAAGGAAACUUUCUUUCCAAUACACAGACGAUUGUUUAGCCUUAAAGAUUAAUUUUACCAAAUUCAAGUGGUAUUAACGUUCAGUAUCUUGCUAACUAAGCUUCCGAAGUAUUUUUGUCAGUCAUACAGUAUCCUUAUAUUUCCUAUGGUAUCAUUUAACGACUUCCUGCUUGGAAAGACUUGAUGUACAUCUAAAACGACAUCUUACCAUUAUUUUGUAAUAAUUUCCUUGUUUCAAAUAACAAUUUGAUUAAACGAAAUGUGUAAUUGAAUUGCUUUUAACUUUUUGUAAGUAAUUCGGCAGUCUGGUUAUUUUGUAACUUAAGCUUUUUGCUAAAGCUUGUUUUGUUUGUUUAUGUCUACAGUGGUUCAUUCCCAUUCUUUCAUUCAGUUUCCUCUAGAUCUAAAGUAAGAAACAGAGAUAACUUUAAACCUUUCAAAAUGUUUCCAAGAAGAUACAUACAAGAUCAAGUUUGAAAAUAUGUUAGUAACAGGUUUCACACGCAUAUUGUUUUCAAUAAAAUAACAGCAGAUGAGUACUAAAUUUUGUGCUUUAGGCAAGAUAGGAAAAAUUGUAGUAACAACCAGUUUCUCAUCAGUACUGCCCCUCAGUGGCUCAUUGGUAAAUCUGAAGAGUAAUAAUGAUAAAUACUGGGUUUUGAUACCCAUGUUUGGCACGGUGCAGGUAGCAUUAUGUUUAAAAACAUAUGUAACAGUAUCUGCAUUUAGAAAUUGUCACUGACCCUUUUUUUUUAUAUUUCAAAGUUAAAAAUUUCUGUGUCCAUUUUGAAGUACUACCUCUAAAAAGACAUGAUUGACAAUUUUUUUUUAUCUGAUGUCACAUAGUAACAAGGUUAACAUUGCAGAUGGUGUUCAGAUGUGUGUGUAAUAGUAAGAUCUUCAGAAAGAAAAACUUUCUCUCUGGUUUUUGAAAAUAUCUGAUGGGAAGUCGUGAAUAUCUUCUUGUCUGGUGUUAUAUAACCAUCCAAAUUCAGUAAGAUAAGAAUGUUUGUUUUUACUUAUUACAAACAGAUUUAUAAACACAUUUACACAAAACUGAUAUUUGGCAUAUACCUAAAGUAUGAUAAGAGAGGAAUGUGUUUCGUGUGAUUUAAACUCCCACAGUGUUACACUAAUUUUUUUGUGUGAAAGUAAAGUGAUUAAUUAGUUGUGUCGUAGAAACUACUAAAUACUUUUUAAGGCAAAGGGGCAAUUUUGGCAUGAAAAAUUAAACAGUUGCCAGUUAAAACUGUUAGCAGUUUUUGUAAGCCAGCA